AUGUUUAUAGCUGCUCCAACAACAAAUGAUAAUGAAACAUUAUUAUUACCAAUAGAACAAACAUCAACAGCACAAUAUUUUACACCAAAAAUUUCAAUUAAUGAAAAUGGAAAGAAAAUAAUUGAUGAACAUGAUAGUCAUUUAAUUAAUGAUGAAAAUCAAACUGAUGAUGAUGAUGAUCUUUAUCCUGUUACUAAUGAACCUAAAUCAUCAACACAUCCAUUUUUUGAUGUUUUAUCAGCUACAUCAUAUAAAAAAGAAGUUAUGAAAUAUUUACUUAAUUUAGAAGCGCGUUUUAUGAAUGAAAAUGAAAAAUUAUGUUCAGAAAAACGUCUUCGUGAAUCAACAAAUUGUUUAAAAGCAGCUCAAGGUGUAUCAAUACCCGGUAAUAAUUCAACUGUUCUUAUUACAUCAAAAGUUCGAUGUAAACUUAUUGAUUGGAUUAUAUCUGUACAUGAUUAUCAUCGUUUAAAUGCUAGCAAAAUAAUUUUUAAACUUAAUAUAAAACAAUUGAUUGAUAAUUGCUUUUAA